AUGACCAGAGACAUUCCCUUCUACUGCAACAAUGAGGACUCGGAUGUGGUAAGGCUUUUUGUGAUCAGACAUGGCCAAACAGAGCACAAUGUGCGGAAGAUCUUGCAGGGCCAUUUGGACACCGAUUUGAACCAAACAGGCCGGGACCAGGCUGAGAAGCUGGGGAAGCACCUGGCAGAAGGGAGCAUCAAGUUUGACUUGAUUGCGAGCAGCGAUUUGAAACGUUGCAGGCAGACCGUGGAGGCCAUGCUGGGGCACUGCGGCCACACGCCUCCUGUGACGUGCUACAAGGAAUUGAGGGAACGCUGCAUGGGCGUUAUCGAGGGUAUGCAUCUGGCAGACGCCGAGAAGUACGCUGAGGCGCAUGGCAGAGGCUCUUUCAGGGAUUUUGGAGAGAAACCCGAUGAGUUCCUGGCAAGACUGACGAGCGGAAUCAACUCGAUAGCUGAAUCGGCCGCAGAAAGCGGCCAAGUGAAGAAUAUGGCGGUUGUGAGCCACGGUGGGGCCAUCAGAACUCUUCUCAGAUGGCUCAAGUACGAGGAACACAAUGCACACAAUAUCAUCGUGUUCAACACCUCAGUCACAAUCAUCGACUACAUCAAACACACGGGACAGUACGUCGUGAGGCGUGUCGGCAUCACUCGGCACUUGGGAGACGGCGAAUUCAUAGUCAGCGACCUGAAGCUGCGUUGA